CUGAGCGAAGUGACAGGCAGCAGGAGCCUUGAGACCAUGCACGGCACGAUGGGGCUUCGGGGGCUGCUCUGUGUGUGCCUGGCGUCCCUGCUCGCCCUGCAGGCCAUGCCCGCUCAGGGUUCACCCACGCGCAGUCCCAAAGGCGGCAAGAAGCGACCGGCUUUGGACACAGCUGUCGAUGGCGUGGCCAUCCGGAGUUUGAAAGUCAACUGCAAAGUCACCUCUCGCUUUGCCCACUGUGUCAUCACCAGCCAAGUGGUCAACAAUGCCGACGAAGCCAAGGAAGUGGCCUUCGAUGUGGAAAUCCCCAGGACGGCCUUCAUCAGCGACUUUGCCAUCACAGCAGGUGAAAAUGCAUUCCUCGGGGACAUAAAGGACAAAGUGACGGCAUGGAAGCAGUACCGGAAAGCGGCCGUCUCAGGAGAGAACGCCGGCCUUGUCAGGGCCUCGGGGAGAACGAUGGAGCAGUUUGCCAUCCAGGUCACCAUCGGUCCCCGGAGCAAGGCCACGUUCCGGCUGACCUACGAGGAGGUGCUGAAGCGAAAGCUUAUGCAGUAUGACAUUGUCAUCAAGGUCAAGCCCAAGCAGCUGGUGCAGCAUUUUGAGAUCGACGUGGACAUCUUUGAGCCCCGGGGGAUCAGCAAGCUGGAUGCCCAGGCCUCCUUCCUCCGCAAGGAACUGGCCGCCCAGCUCAUCAAGAAGUCCUUCUCAGGGAAAGAGGGUCAUGUGCUUUUCCGUCCCACGGUGCGCCAGCAGCAAUCCUGCCCCACAUGCUCUACGACCUUGCUGAAUGGGAACUUCAAGGUGACCUACGAUGUCAAUAGGGACAAGGCCUGUGACCUCCUGGUCGCCGAUAACCACUUUGCCCACUUCUUUGCUCCCCAAAACCUGACAAACCUGAACAAGAAUGUGGUUUUUGUGAUUGACAUCAGCUCCUCCAUGGAAGGCCAGAAAGUGAAGCAGACCAAGGAGGCGCUCCUUAAAAUCCUGGGGGACUUGCGGCCAGGGGACUACUUCGACCUGGUCCUCUUUGGGUCUGCAGUGCAGUCCUGGAGGGGCUCGCUGGUACAGGCAUCUGCCGCCAAUCUGGACGCAGCUCGGAACUUUGUGCAGCACUUCUCUCUGGCCGGGUCUACAAACCUGAAUGGAGGUUUGCUCCAGGGAAUUGAGAUUUUGAACAAAGCUCAUGGAAGCCUCCCAGAACUCAGCAAUCACGCCUCUAUUCUCAUCAUGCUGACAGAUGGAGAGCCCACAGAGGGGGUGACGGAUCGUGCCCAAAUCCUCAAGAACGUCCGAGAUGCCAUCAGGGGCAAGUUCCCACUCUACAACUUGGGCUUCGGCCAUGACGUGGACUUGAAAUUCCUGGAGGUCAUGUCCCUGGAGAACAACGGACGUGUCCAGAGAAUCUACGAGGACCAUGAUGCCACCCAGCAGCUGCAGGGUUUCUACAAGCAGGUAGCCAACCCUCUGCUGAGGGAUGUGGAGUUGCAGUACCCCGGGGAUGCCGUCUCGGCCCUGACCCAGCACCACCAUAAACAGUACUACGAAGGCUCGGAGAUCAUAGUGGCCGGGCGCAUCGCUGACCACAAACUGAGCAGCUUCAAGGCGGACGUGCAAGCCUAUGGGGAGGGCCAAGAAUUCAAGACGACCUGCCUGGUGGACGAGGAAGAGAUGAAGAAACUGCUCCGAGAGCGGGGCCACAUGCUGGAGAACCACGUCGAACGCCUGUGGGCCUACCUCACCAUCCAGGAGCUGCUGGCCAAGCGGAUGAAGUUGGAGGGGGCAGAGAAGGCCAACGUGUCAGCCAAGGCCCUGAAGAUGUCGCUGGCCUAUCAGUUUGUGACCCCGCUGACCUCCAUGACCAUCAGGGGCAUGGCGGACCAAGACGGCCUGGAGCCCCUCAUUGACAAGCCCCUGGACGAUUCUCUUCCCUUGGAGAUGGUGGGACCCGGAAAGACCUUCGUGCUGUUGGCCUCGCAGCCUUCUCCGACGCGCCCUAGCUCCGAGGUCCAGCAGUUGCCAAACCAAGUGACUGGCGUGGACACUGACCCCCACUUCCUCAUCCACGUGCCCCAGAAAGAGGACACUCUGUGCUUCAAUAUCAACGAGGAGCCUGGUGUGGUCCUGAGCCUGGUGCAGGACCCUGACACAGGCUUCUCAGUGAAUGGCCAGCUCAUCGGCAACGAGGCCAGGAGCCCUGGGAAGCAUGAGGGCACGUACUUCGGGCGGCUGGGGAUCGCAAACCCCGCAACAGACUUCCAGCUGGAAGUGACUCCUCAGAACAUUACGCUGAACCCUGGCUCCGGCGGACCCAUAUUCUCCUGGAGGGACCAGGCCUCACUGCAGCAGAAUGAGGUGGUGGUGACCAUCAACAGGAAGAGGAACCUGGUGGUGUCCGUGGAGGACGGGGGCACCUUCGAGGUCGUCCUGCACCGGGUAUGGAAGGGGAGUGCCAUCCGCCAGGACUUCCUGGGCUUCUACGUGCUGGAUAGUCACCGGAUGUCGGCACGGACACACGGGCUGCUGGGACAAUUCUUCCACCCCUUUGAUUAUAAAGUGUUCGACCUCCACCCAGGCUCUGACCCCACAAAGACAGACGCCACAAUGGUGGUGAAGAAACGCCGGCUGACGGUCACCAGGGGCUUGCAAAAAGACUACAGCAAAGACCCCCGGCAUGGGGCUGAGGUGACCUGCUGGUUCAUCCACAACAACGGGGAUGGGCUGAUCGACGGUGCUCACACUGACUACAUCGUCCCCGACAUCUUCUGAGCCCCCAGCCAGCACACCCAUCCUCCCUUGGGACCACGGCAGAGGAGGAGCCUGAGCUACUGCCCAGGCCACACCUCCCUGUCCAAGCUGGUCUCCUAUGCCGAAGCACUCAUGACUUCCAUUAAAGAGAGGCUAUGUCCA